AUGGAUGGUGGUGAUCUUGUAAUUCUAUUGCUUUAUGUUGAUGAUAUAAUUCUUACUGGUUCAAAUCCAGUAAAAAGCCAAGUUGUAAUUGAUGAUCUUGCUGGUGUGUUUGAUCUAAAAGACAUGGGGAGGUUAUCAUAUUUUUUGGGGUUGCAUAUACAGUAUAAAGAUGAUGGAUCUUUGUUUAUAACUCAAACCAAGUAUGCUAAAGAUCUAUUGAGGAAAGCAGGUAUGGACAGUUGUAAACCUACUUCAACACCAUCAAAGCCUCAUGCUCAGAUUCUUGCAGGAGAAGGGAGGUUGUUAUCUGAACCUAGUCAGUAUAGAAGCUUAGUUGGGGCACUACAGUACCUAACUUUUACUCGUCCUGAUAUCGCUCAUUCAGUGAACUUGGUCUGUCAAUUCAUGACACAACCAACUGAUUUGCAUAUGUUGUUGGUCAAAAGAAUUUUGAGGUAUAUACAAGGGACUGUCGAUUAUGGUCUUCAUUAUACACAAAACAACCAUUUUGAUAUCACUGCCUUUUCAGACUCGGAUUGGGCAUCAGAUAUUACAACCAGACGAUCGAUUACAGGUUUUGUUGUAUAUCUUGGUGACAAUCCUAUCUCGUGGCAGUCUAAGAAGCAGUCUACUGUGUCUCGAAGUUCUACAGAAGCCGAAUAUAAAGCAUUGGCUCAUUGUGCAGCUGACAUCUUCUGGAUUCGAUCAGUAUUCAAGGAUUUGCAUCAGUAUAUAUCCGAUCCACCUUCCUUAUAUUGUGACAACUUAUCCACUUUGGCAUUAAGUUCCAAUCCUGUUUUUCACUCCAAAAUCAAACAUCUGGAUAUUGAUUAUCAUUUCGUACGAGAAAAGAUUCAGAAAGGUGAUCUUACAGUUCAUUACAUUCCCACUGAUAACCAAGUGGCAGAUGUUUUCACUAAAGGGCUACAUAGUCCGAUCUUUCUCAAACAUUGUCGAAGGCUUGGAUUAGGGAUUAUGACUGCAACAAACUCAGCUUCAACAGCUCAGCUUCGUUUGAGAGGGGAGUAA